AGCAGAGGAGGAAGAAAGGCAGUGGGGGAAGAAGAAAGACAGAAUCCUUCAAACUACUAAAACUCACUAGCCUGCCAGCAAGUCAGCUGAUCAGAUAACUCGGUGGUGCUGCUUGUGGGGGGGAGUGGCUGUUAAAGUUCCUCGUCCUCGUCUGCCUCCAGCUGAAUGGACCUGACACUGUUGAAUCAGCUGAGGACCCACUGAGCGCAAUUGGCUGGCGGCUAGUCCAGGGUGUACAUCGCCUCCUACCCAAGGUGUGCCACUGACAUGAUAUGUGGAGAAGUGGAACAAUGAAGAGCUCGUAUUUGACAAUGUUUCUAUUGGUCAUCACUAUGACUGAUGGGGAUUAUGACUACCUGAUAAAGCUCCUUGCCCUGGGAGACUCUGGUGUGGGGAAGACAACAUUCUUGUACCGAUACACAGACAACAAGUUCAACCCCAAGUUCAUCACCACAGUCGGCAUCGACUUCAGGGAAAAAAGAGUGGUGUACACGGCUUCCAACCCCAAUGGAAUGACAGCAGGAAAAACCUUCAAGGUUCACCUACAGCUGUGGGACACAGCUGGACAGGAGAGGUUCCGCAGUCUGACUACAGCGUUCUUCAGAGACGCCAUGGGGUUCCUGCUGAUGUUUGAUCUCACCAGCCAGCAGAGCUUCCUCAAUGUCAGAAACUGGAUGAGCCAGCUCCAAGCCAACGCCUACUGUGAGAACCCAGACAUAGUGUUGGUUGGAAACAAGGCAGACCUGGCUGACCAGCGUGAGGUUCAAGAAAAACAAGCAAAGGAGCUGGCAGAUAAAUACGGGAUCCCAUAUUUCGAGACAAGCGCCGCGACUGGGGUGGAGGUGGAGAAGUCUGUAAUCACACUGUUGGACCUGGUCAUGAAGAGGAUGGAGCAGUGUGUGGACAAACCGCCUUCAGAGCCUUCUAAUGGCACGGGGACCACAAAGCUCGCCGACCCACAACCCGAUGAGAAGAAAUGCGCAUGCUAAAGCUCGAGAGCUCGUUCAGGAAGUGACCAAGUCUACUCUCUUCUCGCCACACUUGCUCUGUCUUUCUCAUCUUGGCUUGCAUGCUUCUUUGGUGUCAUCUUGUUCAUCUCCUUUAUGUCCAAAGCUAACCAUUAUUUCACUUCUUUUAUUAUCUUUCCCACCAUUUAAUCCUGUUGCCAAAUUCCCUCAUGGAGCGGGAUCAACUCUUGUUCUCUCUCUGAGGGUUAUUCAAGGUACUGCAGUCCCAUCAUGUACACCUCAGUUCAGUUUUAGUUGUCCAGUAAGACACUUCUGGGUCAAGGUCAGUCAUUUACUGUUCCUCAUUUAGCCUACGUUUUACUAUUCUGGUCCAUAUCUCUGCUUCUGAGAUGUUUUAAGUUAAAUGGUCUUUGUUUUUCAUCAUGUUCUAACAGGGGAAACGCUGCUUCCUGUUUUGGUUGCCUUUCAAACCACUUUAAAUUCUAUCAGUCAGAUUGAACAGCUGUUUACCCCGACGGUUAUUUGUUGAAGCAUUUCACACUUUUUGUGCUCUACGUUUUUGACACUCUAAUGAUGAUCUCCAUGGUUUGGUCUGGUUCACUCCCACUUGAAAUUUCCUUCAGUUGCUCUCCACACUGUAGUUCGCAAAAGUCUUGGGCCUCCACUAGUUUUGUUGUUUAAAAAAAAAAAAAAAAAAAAAACUGCUCAAACUUCGAGGGGGUGCAUUACAUUUUGGUGGGAAUCAGGAUCUAGCUGCAGAUAUACUCUAUAUAAUCAUGAUUGUGAAUAUAUACGAUAGAGAUUUUUUUUUAUAUUUAAGAUAGAUGGGAAUAAAGCUACACAUACUGUGCAGUGCAACCAUGCUAAAACUCCAGCUCUAAGGGUGGCCUAAGACUUGCAUCCAUGUACUGUGCAUAUUUACAUACAUACAGGUUUAUAUGUAGUUGCAUUUGUUUUCUUAAAUUGUCAUCUGAAAAGUGUUUUGUCAUUUUUAUAAAUUGUACCUGGGGGGGGGAAAAAAAAGAAACCUUGUUUUUCAAAAGAAAUACAUCCGCAUCCCUGGAGAGUGACAAAAUUAUGUCUUGUGCUCCUGACUUCUAGCAAUGUCUAUUUAUUAUUUCCAUAAUACCUUGGAUAUAGAUUUAGAUCACCAUGUCAAACAGCUGCAGAGUUUUUUUCUUGGUUGCUUUCUGUUAAGCCAGCCGAACUUAGAAUUUCUGUGUCAAAAGAUUAUUAUUUACACUUUUAUGCUUUCCAUCAGUUCAAUGUAUUUCAAAGCCUCUGUCUAACUUUCAAUCUCUACAUUAUUUUGUGCAAGUCAACCAUUUAUCGAAACUCUUAUGACACCUCUAUCUGCCUUACAUUAUGGGAAUGUGUGUUGAGGUGUUGAUUUGCACAAGAAUUGCGAAUCAGCUUCUUGUUGUCGAUGUAUUUAUUUCUUCCCCAAUGAUGUAUUUGUUGGGCUCUCAGGCCUAAAAAAUGGGCUAAAUCCAACAGUAGCCAAAAGAGUCCGCAGUUUAUUGUGUAGGUCUCUGCCUAAUAAUCACGAGUUCCAACUGCCCUUUCGUAAUAAUGAUACAAAAUAAGUUCUAUAUAAGAGAAUACACGUUGUUUUUUGUAUUGUGCACAAUGGAUCUGUUCAAAAGGUUUAUGUGCCCGUAAGCUUUGGCUUGACUUCGUCGCCUUUAAUCUGCCAAUGUGCCAAAUCCAAAUGAUGAUUUAAAAAAAAAAAAAAAAAAAAAAAAAAAAAAAAAGAGAGAGAGAAAAAAAAGAGAGCUUUUGUUUUCACGUAAACCAAACCUCAGAUAAACACUACUUUCACAUUUUGUGUGUGUGCCAACAUCUGUUCUGAGUGCCAGAUAAAAGUCAGAAAAUGCGGUACCGUCCUAACCUUUACUGAGUAGAAGGAAUUAUGAAAAUCUGCUUAUUUAGUUCUACUUUACAUCUUUGUCUUUUAUUUGCCCGCAAGUUGGAAUGAGUCAUAAUAAACCGUGUUGCAUCUUCA